AGCAAGCACUUGUAAGAUCUCUUCACAACCCAAACUUGCAAUCACUAGAGAUGAGGAUUGCAGUUAGUUUUCUUCUUUCUUUCGCUCUCUUGGCCACUGGUUCAUGGGCAGCUAUGCCUAUAACUCAUCAAGGUUUCCUUCAAUGCCUUAGUAAAGUUUCUCCUAAUGCUGAAGCGAUAUCUAAAGUUGUUUACACUCCAAGCAACUCUUCCUACACUUCUAUUUUGAAAAAAACUCUGCAAAAUCUGAGGUUUGACACACCGGAGACCCCGAAGCCUGUGGUUAUUGUUACCCCCGUGGACGAAUCCCAAAUCCAGACGGUUAUAUAUUGCGCUAGGAAAACUAACGUCCAGAUGAGGAUUCGAGGUGGAGGGCAUGAUUUUGAGGGUGUUUCUUAUACCUCAGAAGUGCCAUUUGUCCUGCUAGAUAUGUUCAAUUUUCGGACUGUUACUGUUGAUCCCGUGGCUAAAACUGCAACGAUUCAAGCCGGAGCUACUCUUGGUGAGGUAUACUAUGCAAUUGGUUCAAAGAGUAACACCCUUGGCUUUCCGGCUGGUUUUUGGUCCACUGUCGGCGCUACUGGCCUUAUUGGUGGUGGAGGGUAUGGUAUCUUGCGACGCAAGUAUGGUCUCGCGGCUGAUAACGUGUUUGAUGCUCGCAUGAUUGAUGUUAAUGGAAGGAUUCUCGACAAGAGAACAAUGGGGGAAGAUCUCUUCUGGGCCAUUCGCGGAGGGGGUGCUUCGAGCUUCGGAGUCAUUCUUUCGUGGAAGGUAAACCUAGUUGAUGUUCCAGCGACAAUGACUGUGUUCCUGAUUGAGAAAAAGAUCGAGCAAGAAGCGACUGACAUUGUUCAUUUGUGGCAAUCGGUUGCUCCCAAACUUUCUAAAGACGUCGAAAUCAGAGUCCUAGUAGAUGCGGUCAAGAAAGACACAACACCUGAACCUAGUAAAACAGUACUGAGCGAGGAGUCGAGCCCGAGUGUCAAUUCUGAUGAUACUACUGCGAUACGGAUCAGAUUUGCCGGCUCCUUCCUCGGGAAAUCAGAUGCCUUUCUAGCACUAAUGCAGAAAAGCUUCCCCGAGUUGGGCGUGAAGAAAGAAGAUUGCCAAGAGCUUAGUUACAUACAAGCGGUGCUUGCUUUCGGCCUCUUCUCCCCUGCUUCUCCUCUUGAAGUUCUCCUAGCAAGAGAUUCCUUCAAAAUUCCUUUUAAAGCAAAGUCCGACUUUGUAAAACAACCGAUUUCCAAACAAGGCUUGACUGGAAUCUGGGAUAAGAUUGUCCAAGCUCCCCCGCAGACAACAAACAUGAUCUUUACUUCAUACGGGGGAAGAAUGGAUGAGAUUUCCGAAUCUGCACUGCCAUUUCCUCACAGAGCCGGAACUUUGUACAAAAUGUACAUGAGGGUGCAACUGACUGAGGAUUCUGCUAACGAAUUGGCGUGGAUCAGAGGCUUAUACAGCUACUUGACUCCUUAUACCGCUCCCAGAACAGCGUAUAACAAUUAUAAUGAUUUCGACUUGGGAGUGAACAAUGCGCGUGGUCCUAUAAGCUAUGCGCAAGCAAGCGCAUGGGGCAAAAAGUAUUACAAGAACAAUUUCGACAGAUUGGUUAGGGUGAAGACAGUAGCUGAUCCCACCAAUUUUUUCAGGAAUGAACAGAGUAUUCCUUCUAUAGUAGGCAUUUGAGAAGCUGAAUGAUUAAUUAGCUUUCAUCUGAUAAAAAUAAACUCAUCAAUAUGAUGUGUAACCAAUCACCUUGCAGAAGUCAUUUAAGUUUAAUGUUUGAUUUGUAAUUCAUAACUUGUAAGUGCUCCCUGUACUAUAUAUAAUUGAUAUGAACAUCAUUUAUUUGUCUGCCUUUAGUUUACAA